GGUUAGAUGCUGUGCCAGUUGGUCUGUGAGUGUGUGCCUGGUGCAUGUUCCUGUCAUGGAGCCUUGACAGCAUGAUAGAGACUUUGUGUACAUAGGCUGCAUUGUGGAGCACAAACCGUGUGAAGGCCUCAGAAAAAGUCUGACGAGUCAGGGAACCAAAGUGUCUCGAGUUGGACAGGUGAAAACCAGGGAUGGGGACAAUCCCGAAUGACAUUAGGAGGCUUUUGGAUGACUGUGAGCUGUUCGUUUCAGAGAUCCUUCAGGAUGAGGACCUCAGUGAAAAUGCCCAAGAGACACGAAAAGUCUUACUGAAUAACUUCAGGGUCGUCCAUGUAAGAAACCCUCAAGAAUUCCCCUUUCCAUCGGACUACAGGGAAGAAGACGGGUCUGAUGACAACCGCAGCUCCAGUCUGGGUCGCUCUGCCCAAUCGGACGAGGCCUCGUUAGCCUCUGACAACCAGGAUGACGGAGCCCUCGAGUACUUUGGUGACAUCCCCCCCGUGCCAGCCCAGGACAUCAUCAACACCUUAAAGCAAGGCUACUUGGAGAAGAAACGAAAAGAUCACAGCUUCUUCGGCUCAGAGUGGCAAAAGAGAUGGUGUGUCCUGAACAACCUCAUCUUCUACUACUUCGGGAGUGAAAAAGAUAAACAGCAGAAGGGUUCCUUCUAUAUCAGCGACUACAGUGUGCAGCUGGUGACCAACCUGAGGAAGGACUCCAAAAAAAACGCCUGCUUUGAGCUCUUCGCCCCUGGACGCCGUUCCUUCCAGUUCACUGCCAACAGUCCUCAGGAGGCCGGGGAGUGGGUGGACCAAAUCAAGAUCGUCCUCAGAGAUCUCAGCUCCGCCGUCAUCCCCGUCGAUGAUGAAGAGGAGGAGGAAGAGGAGACCUAUGAUGACAUUGAGGGGGUGACCGGCCCUCCCCCGCCUCGGCUCGGUGCCGCCCAGGCCCCUCCGAGCGGCAAAUGGGGAGGAGGGCAGGAGACGGGGGAGGUCGACGAGGAGGAAGAGGAUAUCUAUGAGGUGCUGCCAGAAGAGGAUUUCCCAGAUCCCACCGAUGAGAGGGGCGAGAGGAACAACAAACCAGCGUGGUCUUCAGAUUAUGCGAACUACUACCAGGGGUUGUGGGACUGCCAGGCCGACGAGCCCGACGAGCUGGCCUUCCACAGAGGAGAUCUCAUCUACAUCAUCAGCAAGGAGUACAACAUUCACGGCUGGUGGGUCGGCGAGCUGAACGGCGCCGUGGGCAUCGUCCCCAAGGACUUCCUGCACCCUGCCUACAUCCUCUGAGCUCCAACAGCGCUGCUGCUGACACGUCCGGCCAUGAAUCCCACAGACGGCCUGUCAGAUAAUCUUUGGCUGAUUAUUCUCUAAAUUAUAUCAUGUAAAUCUGCCGCAGCAGUACUUACCCCUGUGCACUAUAAACCACUGGUGAAGGACUUGCCAACGAUAUUGAUAUGCACACCAGAGCUAAAACAAUUAGUCGAUUAAUCAGUCAAUCGGCACAAAAUUAAGCAACAAGCAAAAUUUCCAUUAAAUAAUACAUUGUUUCAGUCAUUUAAAUCAAGAAAAGCCUCUAAAAUAUGAGGAUUUGCUGCUUUUCUGUUUUAUAUCAUUAUAAAUUGAAUAUAAUUGUUUUUUUUCUGAUGGUUGUAUAAAAAAGUAAUUAGCGGCCUUCACUGUGGGCUCUGGUGGGAUUUUUCAGACUUUGAUUUAUUAUUUUUUUUUCAGACCUAACAAUUGAUUCAUCUAAAAAAUAAGAGUGAUCCAUUAUGAAAACUGUUAGCUGCAGCCCUGAUCCAAACUAAUUAAUUAUUGUGGAUUAACACACUUAUCAGUUCACUGGUUAAAAUGAGCAAGAUGCAGAUUUAUUUUCUCUUUUCAUGUCUGACACACAUUUAAAAAAAAUCAGCAGAUGUUUUGUACAGUAUGUUAAACACUGGAAACUUCAGUGUAUCUGGAGUAAAGCGGAGAAAUCACCAACCAG